AUGGCUGGGCCGUUGAGUGGCCCCCUCCCCGGUCGGGUCCACAUCCCAGUGAGAUCAGCAGCAAGCUGGGCGCUCCCCCCAGAGGCAACGGGGACUGAGGUGCUUGCUCAACGACCAGCUCUCCAAUGGCCGGAGACCACGAAUAGGCACCUGAAAUGGAUCAUGGUCCAGCCAACUGUGGGCAAGGCCACGGCGGAUUCGAGAAAGGACGCCGACAGGACAGCCAAUCUGGACUUUGACGCCCGCGUCCCCAUCCCCUUCAGUGUCUUCCCGUCGUCGUACCGGAGUGACGCUGUUCCUGAAGCUACUCUUGCGGCCACAGCCAGAGUAGAGGAAGAAGUCAAUCUCGAUCGCACUUCGCACGUCGAACGGGAAGAUACUCGAACCUCUGCUCCUCUUCCCGACCCGCGUGUCUACGGAAAGGAAGAAAUCGACCUUCACUUCGUUGAGCGCGAUCAGUUUACUCCUGCUGCGCCCGAGCCUCAUCGGCACGAACAUCACCACCACAGGCACUCUUCGCGCCCCAACGACGUCAGUGUCCACUUUGACGAGCGAGUCACUACUACCACUAGUACUGCUCCUCCGCCCCGGUAUCCUGAGGUUGAUCUAACUCGCGAACGCUAUCGUGAACCGUCGGUCCGUUUCCAAGACCGUCAGCCCACGUACGAUCAAGCUCUUCAGACUCAGCUCGAUAUCACUGAGCGUGAGUACCGUCGUCGGGUCAACAACCCUACCUACGACGUCAACCCCGCCUACAACCGGUCUACCCAGGCUCCUGUUGUAGACUCUUACGCUCCAGGCCCCCGCCAGCCGACCAGGGACGUAUCGUACGACCGCACUGUCCAAUCAGAGAUCGACGUCUCUUACGACCGUGCGUACCAGUCCAAGCCCGUCGACAGCUACCAACGGGACCCCUACAGCCGCCGUCAACAGAGCGUUGAGCCGGUUCCCCAAGCUCCUGCUUCUUCAGCCAACGUUAAGGUCUACAAGCCCAAGACUGUUGUGGAUUCCCCUCCUUCUCGCAAGAUGGGCUACUACGACGACGACGGUAACUAUCACUCCUUCCGUCGUGGUGUGGAGCGCGUUGCCGACCGCAUCAUGCACCCCACCUCCUCCCACCACCACCACCAUGGUCACAAAGACCACGAGGAACUAGUCGUCGCUGACGAACGCGGGCCAGUUCGAUUCCGUGAAGGCGUCCGCGAGGAUGUCCGCAUUGUGGAGCCCCGCGCCGGCAACUCUUCCGCCACCGCCGAGACCGUGCCGAUCCCCGUCCACUUCAUCCGCAUCGGCGACAUCCUGAUCCUCCAGGGUCGUCCCUGCCAGGUGAUCCGCAUCUCCGUCUCCCCCCAGACCGGCCAGCACCGUUACCUGGGUGUCGACCUCUUCACCCGGGAGCUCCAGGAGGAGUCCAGCUUCGUCUCCAACCCCUCCCCCUCGGUGGUCGUUCAGACCAUGCUUGGUCCCGUCUACAAGACCUACCGCAUCCUGGACCUCCGCGAUGACGGCCGCCUGGUCGCCAUGACCGAGACCGGUGAUGUCAAGCAGGGCCUGCCCGUCGUUCCCCAGGGCCACCUCUUCCGUCGCAUCCGCGAGGCGUUCGAGGAUGGCCGUGGCAGCGUCCGUGCCCUUGUCAUCAACGACGGUGGCCGCGAGUUGGUCGUUGACUACAAGGUGGUCCACGCUUCCCGCUUGUAA